AUGACCAACCGGUACAAAUUCAUCUACAACGCUUGCGUGGACUUUUUUGACGUGACCACACUCGAGAGUGGUGACGUCAUCAAGGAGUUUCUCGUAAAUGAUGACGUGACGGUGCUGGCAGCCGUAUCCGUGGACGGAGCGGUCCUGCUGCAGAACAGCGUCCCGGUGGAGAAUCAGUACGGGCUGCUGUUCUACAAAAUACCGAAUCUCGACUUUAGCGGGCACACAGGCGCCGCAAGGAUCGGGUUGCUUACGCUCGAGGGUGGAUUGGCGAAAUCCAUCUACAACUCGCUGCAGCGCGUCUUUUCACCGUACAUACUGAAACGGUGCGAGUAUCCGACCGAAAUUCGCACUCUGCUGCAGAACCUUCACUCGAGCUUGGGCCUGUCGCUGGGUUUGACCGAGUCCGGUAUCCUUUCGCUGCAGGAUGAGGUCAGCUUUUGGACACACAAAACGAAGGCGCUACCGGUUAAGGCAGAUCGGGAGGCGGCUCGUUCGUUUGCUAGUAUCCUGGAACGGAUCAGUGAACAGUUUGGGGAUAACGAAACGAUGAGCCUUAACCGGCUGGAUGAACUGAUCGACGUUUGCCAGUCGGCGCUGGAUGAAAUUUGGCGUUUACCCAACCAUUAUCCACAGAACCGGAUGUGCAGCAUCUUCGACAUGAUCUCCGUUCGUGUAGUGUCCUCGUGCACGGAACAUCUAACCGAGCUGGACAUGUGGGACAUUGGAACGGUGUCGCUGGAUGAUGCGAUUGGCCACGUGAAGGAAACGCUCGAUUCGUGGAUACAAACGUUUGACUCCUUGACGCGCCUGUUCUGGCCCAAUUACGAGCCUCAUCCGUGGUUGGGUGAACCCUACCGAUCGAAGUUGUUGAACAAAUUUCAAGCCCGAUACAAAGAGAUUUUGGAAAUUCGCCACGUCAAGGACCUCCUGUAUGCGCUGUUUUUUGAGAGUGAAAAAUACUUUCCACUAGCGAAUGAGGUGGCUCUGCCCUUUCACGGCAUCAACAUCUACGAUCUGACGCCCCUCGGAAACAAGCGGUGGGAAACGGCGAAAACCAAAAUGGAGCGAACACUGGCCAAGAUCGACGAGAGCGCCGCGUUCAUACUGCAGCAGAAGAUCCUCGAAACGGGCGGAAACCCGCGCCACGCGGUGAUGGUGUUCAACCGGUACAAAGAGAUCCUUUCCCGGCCACUGAUCACGGAAACGCUCACACCGGAACGGGCCCAAAUUUUCCGUAACGUCGAUCCGAUGUUACGCGAGCUGCGGGAAAUGCUAAACGCAGCCAACUUCACCGAGAGCAACGUGACACCGAUUGUGGCGGAAACCCGUUGCUAUCGAGUGGUGGAGGAUGAACUACGCCAGCUUGAGUCGAUCGUGGGAGCGUUGUGUCGUGACCGAGAAGGACACGCCGAGACGCUGAAGCGUAUUACCGAGUUCAAGGAGGAAAUGCAGGCGCUUAUUCGAGGCAACUUUGAGACGUGGACGGAGAACUCCAUGGCAGCUAUCCGUGAUGGAGUGUUAAGCCUUCGUGAAAACCAACCGGUCGUCGUGUUCGAUAAGGCAGACAAUCAGUUCAUGAAGGUGACGUUUGGUCCAAAGCUGGUCACCUUCGUGGAUGAGGUGCGCCACCUGCAGAACUUGGGAUUGAAGCACUCACCCGAGAUCCUGCGGAAUGUUGCCCAUUCGAUGCGAUUCGUGGCACACGCUCGCCGGUUGCAGCAGGUUGCAACCUUCCACAACACCAUCGGAGGCGUGAUGGUGCCCUGCAUCCGGCCGGUAAUGCUGAAAAGCGCGAUGGAGUUCUCGAAGCUGGUCAAGAGUGAGUCCGUGUGUUGGAGCGAGGAGGAUUCAGUCGAACGGUACAUCGAGGCACUCCAGGACGCCGUGAAGCGGCUGCUGAAGGACAACAAUCAGCUUACCGGACAUCACGAGCAAGCCCGCAAGGCCGUACUGAAGCUGAUGGAUACGGAUCUGAUUCGGCAGGCUGCUGUUUGGAAGGAGGAGAUCCGUGGGUUGCGUGAGAUCGUCCUUAGUCUCGAGCGCCAGCGGUACGGAAAUCUGCACCCGUUUAAGCUUCACUGGGACUACCAACUGUAUAAGGUGCUGGAGUAUCAGUACGUGGCUGGGUUGUUGGACGUUCAUCAUCGGUUGCCUGAAAUCCACGUGGAUUUGAUUUUCCGCCAGCAGCGGAUACAGUUCCGACCAUCGCUGGAGGAGAUCCGCUCGAAGUACUACUCACAGGUGCGACGUUUUAUCGAGAAACCGGUCAACUUUAAGGGGCUAUCGGAUCAAAGUGGUGCACUGUUUAAGGUCAUGAUUGAGCGGAACUACCGGCACUUCGGGGUGCUCUACGAGAAAGCGGAGAUCGUGUUCCGACAGCUACUAGAAUUUCGCGACAGCUGGCUGCCUUUUGUGGCACUCGGAAUGGUUGACUUGGAGCAAUUGUGCACGGUACACUGCACCGGUUGGCAGCACUGGGAUAACAACUUCCGAGCGUGCAAACGCUUUAGCCAGCAGUUGGCGCGAGUGCAAGAGCGCGAAAAGGAGCUCGAUUGUCUGCGUAUUAAUUACGCGCCGCUUUGCAGCGACGUGGAAUCGCUUAGCCGGCGUUAUUGGGAAGCGCUUGCAGGAAGCCUAAGGACCUCCAUCCUUGAUAGCAUUGCGGAGAUUCAGGAGUACCUGGCGUAUUCGUUUAAUGUGCUGCAAAACAUACCACAGGACGAGCUUGGGAUCGCAGAAUCGAGCGCCAAGUAUGAGAAGAUCGUUCACGAUCUACCCAGGAUGAGCGAGCUGAUGAAGACACUACAAGGGAAGGACUCGUGCCUGGCUGGAUGGUGUAAGGAGCGAGUGUCUGCGUUGAGCGGUAUUUUGCUGCAGUGGAACCAGCUGCAACCACUGAUCGACAACCACCAGACGCUGCUACAAGGCCGGUUGGACAUCAUCCGGGAGAACGUACUGCGACAGAUCACGGAGCUGAAUGACGAGGCUGAGAAGUUCGCCAUUCGAUGGGAGUCUACCAUCAAGGAUCUGGAGACAAAUGAAAACGCGGACAUGUCGCUGUUCCGCGAACGCCAGGGCCAAUGGAAGCAAAUACUCGCGAAACGAGAAACGCUCAACAAACAGACGGAAAAGUUUAACAUAACCGUGCCCAAGGAGUUCAACGAGAUCUUCGCCAAGCUGGAGCAAGACAUAACCGAGCAGGGCAGGAAUUGGGAAAUCUUCAAUGAGUUCCUCACCGACUACGACACGGUGGCGAACGAAGAGUGGACCAUUUACCGACGGCGGCCUCAUCUGCUAACGGACUUCCUGGCGCGCUGGGAAAAGACGCCCUCCACACAACCAGCGAGCGUUGCCAGCGCUCGAAUUAGCACCACGAUCGAGAGGUAUAAGGCUGCGCUGCCGGUGUUGGCAACACUGCAAUCUGACGCUCUGAUCGAGAAGCAUUGGGCGAAGCUGUGUAUGAUGCUGUCGAUCGACUCUAAGUCACAACACGACCUAUGCCUCGGUGAUGUAUUGGCGGUUAGUGAUCGGUUGCUCGAGCAGACGGCUGACAUUCAAGCGAUCGUACGGAGUGCGGCCUCGGAGCAUGUCAUCCGGCAGGCUAUCGUGGAAUUGGAACAGUGGAGUGUCACCGCUACGUUGAAGCUAACGAAUUACACCGACUCGCGGGGCAGUUCGAUGAAGCUCAUCAAGGAUUACGUGGAAACGCUCAACAAGAUCGGUGACAAUCAGUUCUUGCUGCAGUCUGCCAAGAACUCGGCCUCGUUCGAGUCAUUCUCGGACCAAGCGGAUGUGUGGGAGGAAAAGCUGAACAAUCUCGACUAUAUCGUGACGCAUCUGAGCCAGAUCCAGAAGCGGUGGAUCUAUCUUGAGCCGAUCUUUGGGGUUGGAACACUCCGCAAGGAGGAGGCCGUGUUUCGGAGUAUCGACAAGAACUUCCGCUAUGUGAUGCAGGAGAUCGCGAGUGAUCCACGCGUCGUGUCGGUGAACAAGAUCAACAACGUACUGGCGAUCAUAGACACGUUGCAGGGGCAGAUCACGCGCUGCCAGAACGCACUCAGUGCUUUCAUCAGCUCGAAGCGUAACGCGUUCGCUCGGUUCUACUUCCUAUCCGACGACGACCUGCUGGAGUUGGUGGGUCAGUCCUCUAAGGAGAACAUCUUGCAGAAGCACAUCCGCAAGCUUUUCCCCGGAGUGUACCGACUACUGCUGGAGGAGGACUGUACUCGGGUGCUCGGUUUCGCCAGUGAGGAAGGCGACGAGAUUCGGCUCGUUGAACCACUCGCGAUCGCUGGAUCACCCGUCGAGGAGUGGUUAAGUGUGUUGGUAGGGAAAAUUCAGAACACCUUAAGGACGCUGCUCGGACAGUGCCUGCAGAGUGCGGACUCCCUGGACCCAGCCUCGAUCGAGCGAUUCCCGAUGCAGAUCAUCUGUCUCGCCAACAUGAUCGCGUUUACACGACGUGCUGAGAAGGCCAUCAUCGGGAUGCAGCUGGCAGGUCUAAACCAACACGUGCAGAAUGAGAUCUCUAAGUACGCAGGGCUACUGCAGCGCAGCGAGAGCCCACUGACGAGUAUCAAACUUCGAUCGUUGCUGAUCGAUCUCGUGUACCAGCGCACUACGGUUGACUAUCUGAUCGCGCAUAACGUCACCAACGGCACUGACUGGCAUUGGUUGCAACAGCUCAAGUUCUACGCCGAUCCGCAGGCAAACGUGACCGUUCGCAUGGUGCACGCAGAGUUCAGGUAUUCGUACGAGUUUCUCGGGAACUACAGCAAGCUUGUGUACACCUCGCUCGCACAUAACUGCUAUCUCAUCCUGACGCAGGCGAUGCAGCUUGGGUUGGGUGGGAAUCCUUUCGGUCCUGCUGGCACCGGAAAGACGGAAUGCGUAAAAUCACUCGGAGCCAUGUUGGGGAGGCUCGUGCUGGUGUUCAACUGUGACGAAAACAUCGACACUGCCGCGAUGGCACUGAUCCUUUCCGGGUUGGCUCGCUGUGGAGCGUGGGGUUGUUUCGACGAGUUCAACCGACUCCAGGAAGCUACACUAUCAUCGAUCUCGAUGUUAAUUCAGCCACUGCAACGUGCCCUUAAGGAUCGGCACGCAGAGGUCUCGAUGGGUGGUGAGAAGAUCCCACUCGAUCAACACUGCUGCGUGUUCGUGACGCUCAAUCCGGCUGGAGAGGAAUAUGGUGGUCGACAGCAACUUCCAGUCAACCUGCAGGCACUUUUUCGACCGAUCGCGAUGCAAGCACCCCGACCACAGCAGAUCGCGAGAGUCACGUUGUUCGUUGAAGGGUUUAAGCAAGCUGAUCGGCUCGGUGAUCAGAUCGUAGAGCUGUUUGAGCUGGCUCAGAAGAUACUUUCGCGCCAACGACACUACGAUUGGGGUUUAAGGGAGCUUAAAGCCGUCCUGUGUGCCUGCGGUGGUGCUCUGAAAGCGGCAGGUGAAGACCCCGUGGAUGAAGCGGUGAUCGUCGUGAACGUUAUCCGAGCGAAUCUGAUGUGCCGGUUGACGCUGUCUGAUGCCAAGCGUUUUGAUGUGCUGCUCAGCAACGUAUUCCCGGGGGUGUCGAUCGCACCUUACGCGGACACUGAGCUCCGUGCGAGGAUUGUGGACUCCUUUUCAACCCUCGGCCUUCAGCAGAACGAUCGGCAGGUCGAGAAAUGCCUCGAACUGCACGCACAGCUGCAGAAGCGUAUGGGAGUCGUGGUGAUUGGUCCACCACAGGCAGGAAAAACAACCCUCAUCGCACUGUUGAAGGAGGCGUUACUGGCGCAGAGUCAGACCAUUCGCAUCCACACAAUCUCCCCAAAGUCGAUGAACCGCGUCCAGCUGCUUGGAAGGCUUGAUCCAGACACCCGCCAGUGGACGGAUGGCGUACUAACAUCGAUGGCUGUUGCCGUCAACGCUGAAGCCCGCAACGUCCGCUCGUGGAUCAUCUGCGAUGGGGACGUCGAUCCUGAAUGGAUCGAGGCACUCAACUCUGUGCUUGAUGACAAUCGGUUGCUUACGCUGCCCUCAGGCUGGCGAAUUCAAUUCGGAAAUAACGUAAACUUCAUCUUCGAGACUCACGAUCUGUCGACGGCUUCCCCGGCCACGAUCUCACGCAUGGGCAUCAUCAACCUGAAUGUGGAGGAUCUCCCUUAUCAGCUGAUCGUGUCCGGGUGGUUGUCGAAGCAGGCCAACAACGUGGAUUUGCUGAAGUCCUACUGUGAUCAGCAUCUAUACCGGGCCAUCGACUGGAUCGAAGAACACCGCGAACGACCAACGGGCUAUUCGCUGAUCGGGCUCGCUCAGUCGGCUCUGGUUGCGAUCGAACCUGCGAAGAACACGGAUCAAUUUUGUGUAGAGCUGUUGUGCGGGUUGAACGGUGUACUUGCUGAGGCUGCAAAGAACGCUCUCGCGAAUCAAGUGUACGCUUGGGCAGAUAUCGCCAUCACAGACGGAGCUGUGGCUGAAUACCAUCACUACAACGGCUUCCGGGACAUGAUCGAGUUGUACUCUACCGACGACAUAACGGGGGCUACGAUCGAGAACGGGUGUUAUGUGAACGUACUCGUGAAGACCCCUCUGAUGAAACUAAAUGGUGAUCUUCUGCGGAAGAUCAUCGCUUCCCGCGAACGCCAAGUCGCUCUGCUCGUCGGUCCCAGUGGAAAUGGAAAGAGUUUGCUGUUGCACACGAUCGUGGCGGAGUUUAGUGGCUAUCAGCUGGUGACGAUCAACUGCAGCGCACAGCUGACAACUGCCAACAUUCUGUACACUCUCAAACAAAACUCACUGAUCGUGACGACCGUUAAGGGAAAGGAAUAUCGGCCAGCUUUCUCACGCAUCGUCCUGUACCUGAAAAACAUCGAUCUGUGUGGUGUGGACUCCUGGGGUACAUGCGAGGUUGUGGAACUCCUGCUGCAGCUGAUCCAUCGGCAUGGUUUCUACUCGGAUGGAGUCGAGUGGAUCUCCGUCAGUGGCGUGCAGGUGUGCGCCUCCAUUACAGGCAUCGAAAAGUCGACUCUUUCACCACGGUUUCUUUCACUGUGUCGGUUGAUUCGGUUCGGGCAACCCACCGAUCAGGAUAUGGAGAGCAUCGUGCGGAGCAUUCUGCUGCCGGUGUACAACCAGUUGGGCCGCAGUACGGCACGUCUGAAGCUGCAGGAGCUGGUUCACGCCAUUAUUGGUGUGUACGCGAGGAUAAAUAAGCAAUUCCCACCCGGUGAGGCUACACACUACCGCUUCACACCGAAGCUGAUCGAGAAGUGGAUCGCAGGCCUUCUGUUCUAUCCGGAGGAGAGCUUUGCGAAGGCACUCCAACACGAGUGUUGUCGGAUCUUUCGCGAUCGUUUGGUGUCACCCGAGGAACGGCAGCAGUUUGAUGAGAUCCUGCGCGAGGAGUUCCGCAUGUUGGAACGGCUCGGCCGGGGUGAGCUGUUUGUCCCUAGGGAAACACCCCACCGGAAGGGUGAGCUACAAAUGAUGUCCUUCGACCAGUGGCGUCAGAUGGUUGAUCACAACGUUACUAUUUGCAACGCCGAGCAUGUCCUCGUGGAUGUACCGAUGAGUGAAUCCUUUUGCGAGACAACUGCCAGCAUCUGUCGGGCGCUUUCUCGUCCUGGAACGAAUCUAGUCCUCUGCGGAAGAACAGGAUCGGGCCGUAUUCAAGCGUUGUAUACUGCCUGUACCAUGCUCAGUGUUCGAGUAGCAUUCCCACAAAUGUCUCGUAACUAUUCGAUGGGUGAGUUUACAAACGACCUAAAGAUAGUGAUGCAAAAUGGCGCCCUGGAAAACGAACCGGUGGUUUUCGUGCUGCAUCACGCCGUUGCCAGCUGCCUACCGGAUGCGAUGAAAACGUGUGAGGCGAUCCUGGCUGGAGGGGAUUUGGCGGAUUUCUUCGGUGACGAUCUAGAGAACAUUGCGGCUCCUUUGAAGCCACAAGCCGCUCUUGAGUCGUACCAGAUGUCACUGGCGGCGUACUUCAUGCAGCGAUUGCGCUCCAAUUUUCAUCUGGUGGUAGUGCUGGAAUCAAGCUCACCUUCCGUGCGAUCGUUCUUCGAAAGCUAUCCAGCCCUACACCAGAAGUCGGAGCUCAUUUGGGUGCUACCGGAGGCUGCUUCGAAGUCGGACGAUUUGCGACGGUACCUCGCGGCUCUGGGAGGAGUUUCUGAGGUGACAAAUAAAACCCAAAAGGAAACAGGAUCGAUUGUGCCCCUGCCGGCAUAUUUCAACGAUGUGAUCGACUUGAAACUUUCCGAAUGGAGCGACUGUCCGCUACGGCGAGUCCACCUUGUGCGCACGUACUUCCAGCUGUACGGUCAGGAAAAGGACCGCCAGGAACAGCACAAGGCAAAGAUGCAGAUCGGUGUCGACAAGCUCUCGGAGACGCACCGCGUGGUCGAGCAAUUGAAGAUGGUGGCACAAGAGAAACAGCAGGCCCUUGCAGAAAAGCGAGCCCUAGCGAACCGAUCGCUUGAGAUGAUCUCCGCAACGAUGCGAUCAGCGAAUGAUCAAAAGACGGAACUGCUCGAACUGCAGCGAAAGGCGCAAGAAAGCAGCGAGAAGCUGAUCGAGCGGAAACGCGCCAUCGAAGAGGAGCUGAGUUUGGUGGAACCAACGCUACGUGAGGCCAGCGCUGCGGUGGGACAAAUUAAAACAGAAGCCCUGUCUGAGAUACGAUCACUGCGUGCGCCACCGGAGAUCGUGCGGGAUAUCCUAGAGGGUGUGUUGCGGCUGAUGGGCAUCCGGGACACAUCCUGGAACAGUAUGAAGACGUUCUUGGCCAAACGAGGCGUCAAAGAGGACAUUCGGUCGCUGGAUCCUUCACGGAUCAGUCCGGAAAAUUGCGCCUCCGUUGAACGAUUGCUCGACUCCAAAGCGGACUCGUAUGAGCAGCGAAACGCGAAAAGGGCAUCAGCGGCCGCGGCUCCUUUAGCGGCGUGGGUAAUCGCGAACGUAAAGUAUGCAAAAGUGAUGCAGAGUAUUAAACCACUCGAGCGGGAGCAAAACCAGUUGAAGGAGAACCUCGAUCAGGCUGAAUCAGACAUGAAGUCGCUGUCUAGUGGACUUGACAACGUGAAUGACACCGUGCAGACGCUAUCUGAGCAGCUGAACGUUUACACACAAGAAGCGGCCAUGUUGGAGAUCAAGCUGGAUGAGGCGAAGAACACCCUCCAUACCGCAGAGGUGUUGGUACAGAGUUUGAACUGCGAGUACACCAGCUGGAGCAAGGAGCUAGACGAGCUGAAUGAGUCGAUCAAGCACCUGGAUGAUCGAAGCUUCAUGACGGCACUCAACGUUACGCAUUUAUCGCAGAUGAGCCUCGAAGAACGCAAGACCUGCAUGGCGCGACUGGCUCAGCUAACAAGCACUCCGGCGUUCGAUUUCGAUCAGCAAUUGAUCUCUAACCAGGACAAGAUCAUCUGGGAAAGCAUGGGCCUGUCAGCGGACCAGCAGUACCGUGAAAAUGCUGCUCUGCUUGUGCGCUAUCUUUCGCUAGGAUACUCAUCCGCGCCCAUUCCACUGCUAAUCGACCCGUCCGAGUACGGACAGCAGUGGCUAACAAACUAUCUCGCCUACAUAAGCCGCACGUUCGAGGUUACGAGUCAGGGCGCGGAACGAUUCGCCUACAGCCUCGAGCUGGCUGUGCGCUUUGGGAAAGUUCUGAUCGUGAAAAACGUGAACGGCAUCGAACCACCACUCUUGUCACUGUUUUGUACACCCGUACACAGCCACUUCAACAAGCGCCUUCUGCAGGUGGGUAACAAACCAGUCGAUCUCCAUGAUGACUUUAAGCUGAUCUUGAUCACGCCACACGAAUCACUGGCACUGAGUGAGGAACUCCGAACACAGCUAAUGACGCUGCGGUUCACCACGACGGCGGCUGGUCUGAAGGAUGUCCUCACGUUCCGGUGGGUAGCUUCUCAACAGCCGGAAAUCGAGCGCAAACGCACUGAACUACUGCAGCAGGAAGGCGCCCUCAUGCGGGAGAAGCUGAGCCUACAGGACAAACUGCUGCAGGAGCUGUCGUCGGCGCAGGGUGAUAUACUUCGUAACGAACCGCUGCUCGGUACGCUCAACAGCAUCAAAGCCAGUGCAAGUGCGAUCGAGAAGUCGUUGGAUGAGUUUGUGCAGGUCCGAGACACGAUCAUGCAGCAUUACACGCAGAGGACUGCACUCAGCCAACAGGCCGCUAGGUUGUACAUGGGAGUGCAUCGAUUCUACGGGUUGAAUGUGUCCAAAUUUGUCGCCAUAUUCCUGAGCGUUGUCGAGAAUGGUGAUCAUAACGUUGGUUCGGAUGAUCUCUACCGCAUCCUGGUGAGACGCGUGUACGUUCUGUUGAGUCGCAGCAUCCCCAAGGACGCGCAGAUCAUCCUGGGUCUUAACGUGUGUAAGCAGGCUUUUCCGGAGCAACUACCCGAGACGGAAUGGGAAUCGUUCGUGCAUAAUUUCACCAAUGUCGAUGCACCUUCCGGAAGUGCGGAUACUCGCUGUCCACGUUGGGUGCGACCGGAAUUAAGCGGGAAAAUGGUGGCUCUUCAAUCGCUACACCCAGAGCUGUACGAGCGGUUAGAACUGCAAAAUGAAUCGGCUUGGAGGAAGUACAUCGAGGCGGAUGAAGCCGUUGCACCAGUCACACUGACCGAUUUCCAGCAGGUGUUGAUUGCGCAGGUCUUGCGACCAGAUCUGCUCACUAGGACGAUCCACCGGUCGGUGAGGAAUUUGCUCGGAGUGAAGAGUCUCUACAGUACGCGUCCGUCCAUCCGAAGCCUCGUGGAAGAGUCCUCUCCGGCGGAACCUCUGCUACUGGUGACGUCCUCCGGGAUGGAUCCUUCGGAGGAGAUCCGCGAACACGCUCGACAAACGGUGGGCAUCGGUUUGGCGAAAUUCCGCGAGUUUGCGAUCGGUAAAGGACAGGAGUUGGAAGCGUUGAAACUUGUUAAGGAAGCAGCAAACUCAGGUAGUUGGAUAUGCAUUCGGAAUGUGCAUACGGUACCGCACUUUCUGACCAGUACGUUGGAUGACACGCUGAAGACGAUGCCGCUGGCUGAGGGUUUCCGGUUGUGGUUGACGUCUGAAUCAGACCAGCAGCUGGGUGAAUCGUUUCAGAAGAAGUGCCUCAAAGUGUUGUACGAGCCACCCGCUGGGUUAAAGCACAAGCUGAAGUUGUUGCUCGAGCAGCACGCCUCCGUGAUUGGGAUGAAGAAACGGGAUUACAAGACGAUCAAGCUGUAUGUGGGGUUGUUUCUGCUGCACUCCAUCGUGCAGGAGAGGCGAUCGUACAUUCCGCAAGGAUGGAGCAAAAGAUACGACUUCUCCGAUGCAGAUCUUCGAACUGCCAUGGAUAUGAUACAAUACGUAGAAGGCUCGGUGACUGGAAGCAGUGGAAAAAUACCCUGGCCAUUAGUGCAAGGCUUAAACGAGAAGCUGAGUUAUGGCGGAAGGAUCGACAACGAUCAGGACUUCUGCCGGUUGCAGUGUCUCAUAAGGGAAUUCGUUGACGAAAAGAUCAUGACGAGUCGCUGGCAGCCGAUGUUCCUCAACGUGACCGUUCCUAAUUCCAGCCACGUGGAGGACUAUUUGAAGGCAUUUGAUCAACUCCCAGACACGGAUAGCCCCACGCUGUACGGAAUACCGUCCUCGACAAACGCGUCUCGGGAUCUCAUCUUUUGCCGAAACACGCUGAAGAUAUUACGCUCUCAGUAUUUCUCCUCCGGUUCGGUUCAAAAUUUCGACAAGCGCCUCCGACCCAUCGUUAGCCUGUGGAACAAACUAACCACAGGAUCUUCAUCAACAUCGACAUCGAUCAUCGCGAAGCUCGAUUCCCUAAUCGAGCGUGCGCGUGAUAGCACCGAUCCGUGGACGAUAUUCGUCGUUUCAGAGCUGACGAUCGCCAGAAACCUGCACGCCACGAUCAGUGCCAGUUUCCAUGCGCUUAAAGUCGCCCUCAAGGAUGCGGGGCUGUUGAGUGCAAAGGAUCGCUUGCUGCUGACGACGGUCUGCGACAAUCAGGUACCGAUCCAGUGGCGCCGAAUCUGGAGUGGACCAAAAACGGCCAUCGAAUAUUUGAGGGCGGUGACGUUCAAAGGAGGGCAUGCCGAGCGUAUGUUUGGCACGCUGCUGGAACGGCAAGCGAUCGAGGACAUCGAUUUUAACCAUCUAUUCAACGUGGAAGCUAUUUUGACGGCGCUGAAACUGAGCAAAUCCAAGCAGGCUGCCAUUUCCACGACGGAACUGGCACUGAGAGCCUCGUUCGGUGGAAAUGGUUCUCCGAAAAAUGGCAUUUCUGUGGCAUCGUUAUUGAUCGAUGGAGGCACAUUAAAGCAGAACAAAUUAGCGAUACAACAGACGGCCUAUCAACAAGCGGUUGAUAGCAACAUGACGGGGACUUUCGAGUUGGAUUACGUGCCGAGAGAGACGAACAUCGCCGACGUGGCUUCGCGGGACGAUAUGUUGGAGGUACCGCUCUACAAUAACAUCUCCCGCGACGUGCUGCUCUGUACGAUCACGAUGGAUAUUGCUCCAGGUCUCAGCAAAACGCAGCUAAUUUCCGCUGGUAUUGCGUUAAUUGUACCGGAGAGUUAUCAGUAG